AGAAGUUUAGUCUAAUGUAGUUUUAGCAUGCAAUAAUCCAGUAAGUAAUCUCUCCAGUUGUUUGACCCCCGCACGGGACUAUUGACUCUGAUCGCCACUUUGCUUUACGAAUUAGACUCGCAGACAAGCCGCAAUCCCAUCUGGGAACUUUUUGUUUUCUGGAAGAGGAGAGCGCAGAGCAGCCCCGUUGAUUCUCUCUUGACCAGGAGGAAAGCAGUAGGCUAGAGCCCGCAGGGCCGAGGUGCCGCUAUGGGGAACCGGGGGAUGGAAGACCUCAUUCCCCUCAUCAACAAGCUCCAAGACGCCUUUAGCUCAAUCGGCCAGAGCUGCAACCUGGACCUGCCACAGAUAGCGGUGGUCGGCGGCCAGAGCGCAGGGAAGAGCUCCGUCUUGGAGAAUUUCGUCGGGAGAGACUUCUUGCCCAGAGGAUCUGGUAUUGUCACCCGUCGUCCCCUCAUCCUUCAGCUGGUGAACAAUGUAGCAGAAUAUGCUGAAUUCCUGCACUGUAAGGGGCGCAAGUUUGUAGACUUUGAGGAAGUUCGUCUGGAGAUUGAAGCAGAGACUGACCGGAUCACCGGAUCCAACAAGGGCAUCUCCCCCAUUCCCAUUAACCUCUGUGUCUACUCCCCUAAUGUGCUGAACCUGACCCUGAUCGACCUGCCGGGGAUGACAAAGGUUGCCGUUGGAGACCAGCCACCGGACAUUGAGCACCAGAUCAGGGACAUGCUGCUGCAGUUCAUCAGCAAGGAGAGCUGUCUGAUCCUGGCCGUGACUCCGGCCAACACUGACCUGGCCAACUCUGAUGCCCUCAAGAUCGCUAAGGAGGUGGACCCUCAGGGCUUACGCACGAUUGGUGUGAUCACCAAGCUGGACCUGAUGGACGAGGGCACAGACGCACGAGACAUCCUGGAGAACAAACUACUGCCACUCCGCAGGGGUUACAUCGGCGUCGUGAACCGCAGUCAGAAGGACAUUGAUGGGAAGAAAGACAUCCGUGCUGCCCUGGCUGCAGAGAGGAAAUUUUUCCUGUCCCACCCAGCCUACAGACACAUGGCUGAACGCAUGGGCACCCCACACCUGCAGAAAACACUCAACCAACAACUCACCAACCACAUCCGCGACACGUUGCCAGGGUUACGCAGUAAACUGCAAAGCCAGUUGCUGUCACUGGGGAAAGAGGUGGAGGAAUACAAGAACUUCCGCCCAGACGACCCCACACGCAAGACCAAGGCCCUGCUUCAGAUGGUGCAGCAGUUUGGUGUGGACUUUGAGAAGUGCAUCGAGGGCUCCGGCGACCAGGUGGACACCUCCAACUUGUCUGGUGGAGCCAAGAUCAACCGCAUCUUUCAUGAGCGCUUCCCCUUCGAGCUGGUGAAGAUGGAGUUUGAUGAGAAGGAGCUGAGGAAAGAGAUCAGUUAUGCCAUCAAGAACAUCCACGGAGUCAGGACAGGCCUGUUCACCCCAGACUUGGCGUUUGAGGCCAUAGUGAAAAAGCAGAUCAUUAAGCUGAAAGAGCCCUGUCUGAAAUGCAUCGACCUGGUCAUCCAGGAGCUCAUCAACACAGUCAGACAGUGCACCAAUAAGUUGAACUCAUACCCACGACUGAGAGAAGAGACAGAAAGAAUUGUGACCACCUAUAUCAGAGAGAGAGACAGCAAGACCAAAGACCAGGUGCUGCUGCUGAUUGACAUUGAGCUCUCCUACAUCAACACAAACCAUGAGGACUUUAUUGGGUUUGCCAACGCCCAGCAAAGGACUGCCGCCAACGCCACCAAGAAGAGAGUUAUGCCUAAUCAGGGAGAGAUUCUUGUGAUCCGGAGGGGCUGGCUCACCAUAAACAUCAGUAUCAUGAAGGGGGGGUCCAAGGACUACUGGUUUGUCCUGACUGCUGAGUCUCUGUCCUGGUACAAGGAUGAGGAGGAGAAAGAGAAGAAGUACAUGCUGCCUCUGGACAACCUGAAGCUGAGAGAUGUGGAGAAGGGUUUCAUGUCCAGCAAACAUGUCUUUGCCAUCUUCAACACUGAACAGAGAAAUGUGUAUAAAGACCUGCGUCAGAUUGAACUGGCCUGCGACACUCAGGAGGAUGUCGACAGCUGGAAAGCUUCCUUCCUCAGAGCUGGUGUUUACCCCGAGAAAGACCAGGCCGAAAGCGAUGAUGUCAUGACUCCGGGGGACAGUGUGUCCAUGGACCCCCAGCUGGAACGACAGGUGGAGACCAUCCGCAACCUCGUGGACUCCUACAUCGGCAUCGUCAACAAGUCCAUCCGAGACCUCAUGCCCAAGACCAUCAUGCACCUCAUGAUCAACAGUGCGAAGGACUUCAUCCACUCGGAGCUGCUGGCCUACCUGUACAACGCUGGGGACCAGAGUAACCUCAUGGAGGAGUCAGCGGAGCAGGCCCAGAGGAGAGAUGAGAUGCUGAGGAUGUACCACGCUGUGAAGGAGGCUCUGGUCAUCAUAGGAGACAUCAGCACCACCACCAUUACUGCCCCGGUGCCCCCACCCGUUGAUGACAGCUGGCUGGCCAAGGAUCCAAGUCCUUCAGCGCCCCGCUCCACCCAAUCUUCAGCGCCACCUCCCGGACGACCCCCAGUAGUAAGGGGACCCGCCCCGGGUACUGCACCUGCUCUCAACCCCUCCUCAGCUUUUCCGGUGCCACCCGUCCCGUCUAGACCUGGCCCACCGUUGGCCCAGACAGCCUACACAGCCGAUCCCAACUCUGGUGCUGCCCCUCCUCUCAUCCCCAACAGACCGUCCCGCGUGCCGCCUGCAUUGCCCCCAGGUGUCCCCAGCAGAAGACCCCCGGCUGCUCCCAACCGACCCACUAUCAUACGUCCUUCAGAGCCCUCCUUGCUUGACUAGAUGCACACACAAACACACACACACACACAAACACUCCUCUUUUCGUCUGUUUACACACACCUAAGUGUACACUUUUCUAUUUUGAAAUAUUUUUUAUGUAUAUUCUCAUUACUGCAUAAUUGUUAUAAUUGGUAAUCUGAUGCUGUUCCAUUUCUGUGCAUUUCAGAUGCAUUAUGACUAUGUGUUUACGGUAGCUUUUUAACAAAAUAUAACAUUCUUGAAAUUCCAUAAAUUUAAGUGUUAUGAAAAGGGAGAUGUUUGAUCAUGUCAUUGACUUCAUCGUCAAGUUAUUGUAAAUCUUAAUAUUUGCUGACUUCAUUUGAAAUGAGGUGUGUCUGGAAACAAUAAGUGAUAACAGUAAGAAGAAAACACUCCUUUUAAAAUGUCAUUUUUGCAUCUGUUGUACACUUGCUAACCUCAGUAAUCUUAGACACUAAGCACCUCAAUAAGUUAGGCAGGAAAAGUCAUUUUCCUCUUAAUUGUUUUGCAGAUUUUGAUGGCUAGCAGUGCAUCUGUUACAUGAGCUUAUUGGAAUUAUAUUAGCCCUGAAAGCAAUUAAAUCAAUAUGCCUUAAUAUUGUGCCUGUAUAGUUAGUUUGAUUAUGAAAGUUUUCAAGGGCAGUUGCACUUCUUGGAAAUUGUAUUUUCUGGACCAAUCAAACAUGAAGCAGAGUGAGAAGGAGGUUGGGGGAAGGUACUGUAGCAGUGGAGAAGUCGUCUGGUGUGUUACUGAUAAUUAUACAGUGGGCCCGUAUUAUCAUCAAAAUCCUCAAAACACAUCAUGUGACCCUCACAUCCCUCACCUCCCUCCUGCACCAUUCAACCAUACAGUCAGAUUUUGUCCUUGCCUAAUAUUCUUAAAAUAUGUAUUCAAGUGCCUCAUGCACAAAACGCUUUUGUUAAUUGUAUUGUGAUUUUUUUGUCAAUUCUUUGCUUGAAAAGCUGAAUGAAAAGAAAUAAUUUCAGAAGGGAAAUGGACUCAUCUUGCAGAAGUUGUACAAAAUGAUGGAUUGAAUAAAGGGAUAGAAAAUG